AUGGCACCUUCUGCGAUUGCCAUUGACCACAAAGAAACCAAUAUUUUGAAUGACAGUAAAGUCGAUUAUCUCGACACCAACAACAAUCAUGGCGUUGAAUCCGAUGUGACUGGCUUUGCCUCAAAGGCUUUGAUUAGGAAAGUUCUGCAAGAACACAUUGACCGUGUCAAUGUUGAUACUUGCGAGCCCGGCGAAGAAGAUGCGUUCUACGUGGCGGAUCUAGGUGAAGUCUACCGCCAGCAUCUCCGCUGGAAGCUCAAUCUAGGCCGUGUCAAGCCCUUCUACGCGGUCAAAUGCAACCCAGACCGGGAAGUGCUCCGCCUUCUGGCAAAAUUGGGCGCGGGUUUCGAUUGUGCAUCCAGGGCUGAAAUUGACAUGGUGCUCAGUCUUGGCGUGGCACCAAGCCGUAUCAUCUAUGCCCAACCUUGCAAGACCAAAUCAUACCUUCGCCACGCGCGCAAGGUUGGAGUCACCCAGAUGACCUUUGACAAUACCGAUGAACUCCGAAAGAUCAAGGAAUGUUACCCCGAUGCCGAACUUGUUCUUCGAAUCUUGACCGACGAUUCAACCAGCUUGUGCCGCCUCAGUGCCAAGUAUGGCGCUAGUCUGAUUGAUGCAAAAGAGUUACUCGCUUUGGCGAAAGAGCUCGAUUUGAACAUUGUCGGAGUCAGCUUCCAUGUUGGUUCUGGAGCCAGCGAUCCAAAUUCCUUUGGGCAGGCGGUCAAGGACGCUCGAUAUGUCUUUGACGAAGCAACCGAGUUUGGUUACGAUUUGAAGAUGCUUGACGUUGGCGGUGGUUUCGUUGAUGAGACCUUCGAGACAUUUGCUGAGAACUUGAAUGAAGCCAUCGAGGAGCAUUUUCCACCCCAUGUGCGCGUUAUUGGAGAACCCGGUCGUUACUAUACGUCCAACGCCUUCACGCUGGCCGCCAAUGUCAUUGCUCGUCGCGAAGUGACCAGUGAGGUUGAAGGGGAAAAGGCAUACAUGCUCUACUUGAACGAUGGGGUUUACGGCAACUUCUCAAACAUCAUCUUCGACCAUCAACACCCAGUCCCACAAAUGCUCUCUGCAGCGGCAAACGAGGAUAGACUGGUCGAAUACUCCAUCUGGGGACCUACCUGCGACGGGAUUGAUGUUAUUGCCGAGCGUUACUUCCUACCCGGAGUCAUCAACAUUGGCGACUGGUUGUUCUUUGAGAACAUGGGGGCGUACACAAAAUGCUCGGCAACCAAAUUCAAUGGAUACAAUGAUGACCACGAAGUCAUCUACAUCUCUAGCGAGCCUGGUGCGUCGGCCUUACUGGGAUAUUGA